UCACUAUGAGCAAGACCGGAGCGCACUUAAGCGGAAAGAAUGGGAGAGAAGAAACCAGGAAGUCCAGCAAGAUGAAGAUCUCUUUGCUUCAGGUUUUAACCUCUUUGGGGAACCCUACAAGACAAAUAAAGGCGAUGCCCUUGCAAACCGUGUCCAGAACACAUUAGGAAAUUACGAUGAGAUGAAGGACCUGUUAACCAACCAUUCCAACCAGAGCCACCUUGUAGGAAUCCCAAUGUCUGUCCCACAGACACCCAUUGACAAAAAUGAACAGAACUUUUUCCCAGAACCAAGAAACAGGAUGAUCCCAUCUCAUCAGAUCAGCGGCCACUCAUCAACAUCAAUGCCUCCGCCUUCUUUAUUGUCAUCUAAUUCGACUUUGCUGCACGGUCACCAGAGCAGCAGGAAGUCAAGGACAGACUGGUCACGUGGUGCUCACAACUCCAGUGGGACCCAGCCGAGCCAAUCUGGUAGUCAGCAGAGUCGGACAAAGCAUAGCUCUUCUCAUGACCAGCCACAGGGCAGGUAUGAAGACCUCUAUAAUUGUCAGAGCGAGCAGCAUAAAAGUGGAGGAACUGAGGAAACAAAUUCCGUGGCAGCAUCUUCACAUUCGAGGAGGCAUACUCAUUCAAAGUCAGCGGCUGGAGAACAUACGUACAAAGAAAACAGUCAUUCGAAGUCACCCGGAGAGCUUGAGUUUGUAGGUCACGGUCCUGGAUCUCCACUUCCUUCCACAUCUUUGUUAUCUGCAAACAAUGGUCUUUCGACCCCGAAUUUCCCACCAGGACUUCACUGUAAAAACAGCAUGGUCCAGCAAAAGCCUACAGCGUAUGUCAGGCCUAUGGACGGUCAGGACCAGGUACCCAACGACUCACCUGAACUGAAACCUCCGAUAGAAAUUGAGAGUGGAUAUGGAAAUCAGUCCUUUGGAACACUCCUGGAAGGAAAAGUGAACACGCCUAGUUCGAAGAACAAAGUACCAAAGCUCAACAUUCCUCCUGUUACUGAA